UCUUUAGAGUUGUGCAUAGAGAGCAUCCUGGAGUCCACCAUGAAUGGACAGUUGGACCUAAGUGGGAAGCUAAUCAUCAAAGCUCAACUUGGGGAAGAUAUUCGGCGAAUCCCCAUUCAUAAUGAAGAUAUUACAUAUGAUGAAUUAGUGCUAAUGAUGCAACGAGUCUUCAGAGGGAAACUUUUGAGUAAUGAUGAAGUUACAAUAAAGUAUAAAGAUGAAGAUGGAGAUCUUAUCACAAUUUUUGAUAGCUCUGACCUUUCCUUUGCGAUUCAGUGUAGUAGGAUACUAAAACUGACAUUAUUUGUUAAUGGCCAACCAAGGCCCCUUGAAUCAAGCCAGGUGAAAUACCUCCGUCGAGAACUGAUAGAACUUCGAAAUAAAGUGAAUCGAUUACUGGAUAGCUUGGAACCCCCUGGAGAACCAGGACCUGCCACCAAUAUUCCUGAAAAUGAUGCUGUGGAUGGUAGAGAAGAAAAAUCUGCUGCUUCUGAUUCUUCUGGAAAACAGUCAACUCAAGUUAUGGCAGCAAGUAUGUCAGCUUUUGAUCCCUUGAAAAACCAAGAUGAAAUCAACAAAAAUGUCAUGUCAGCAUUUGGCUUAACAGAUGAUCAGGUUUCAGGGCCACCUAGUGCUCCUGCCGAAGACCGAUCGGGAACGCCUGACAGCAUUGCUUCCUCUUCCUCAGCUGCUCACCCACCAGGAGUGCAGUCACAACAGCCACCAUACACAGGAGCGCAGACACAACAAGCAGGUCAGAUGGAAGGUCAGAUGUAUCAACAGUACCAGCAGCAGGCCGGUUAUGGCCCUCAGCAGCCGCAGCAGGCCCCAGCUCAGCCUCCACAGCAGUACGGUGUUCAGUAUUCAGCAGCAAACUAUAGCCAGCAACCUGGGCCCCAGCCACCUCAGCAGUUCCAGGGAUAUGGCCAGCCACCACCUUCGCAGGCACCAGCUCCUGCCUUUUCUGGUCAGCCUCAACUGCCUGCUCAACCUCCACAGCAGUACCAGGCCAGCACUUACCCUCCACAAACUUACACUUCCCAAACGUCUCAGCCUGCUAAUUACACGGUGGCCCCUGCCUCACAACCUGGAAUGGCUCCAAGCCAACCUGGGGCCUACCAACCAAGACCAGGUUUCACCCCACCCCCUGGAAGUACCAUGACCACCCCUCCUCCCAGCGGGCCGAACCCUUAUGCACGUAACCGUCCUCCCUUUGGUCAGGGCUAUACCCAACCGGGACCUGGUUAUCGAUAAGGAGGCUCCGCUAUGCUGAUGCAGGUAGUGCUUUGUCUCCUAAAAGACUCCAAUACUACUUACUUUAUUUUAAUUUGAUUGAAGGUCAGAUUUAAAAAGCAGAACAUUUUUUAUGAUAUCAUUGUUGCUGUUAAAUUGAAAAUAUAAUUUGCUGGAAGACAGAAAAGACAAAAUGAACAUGUUUCUUUCCCUGCUUUAAAAUGUAGCAGCUUCCUAGUCAUUUCAUUUCGGAACACUACUCCUAAGUCUGUGAAGUGAUUGACUUUCCAGCUCGCCUCGUUCUGAGGAUAUUAAAAUGAUAGCUCUUUAUUCUUCACAUGAUGUACUAAAAUAGAUCCCCUCUGAGAAGUCAACUAGAUAUUCUGUAACACUGAUAGGCUAAUAAAGGUGAUUGAAUCCGGUA